UGGACACAAACGGGUCCGGACUCCGCGCAUGCGCAGCAUCCAGCUUCCUCUUCAAGUUUUGAUGCUCCCGCUGAAAGCCACUUGGCGGCGUUGAGUAAACAGAAACAUAUACACCGUACAUAUUUUAUUAUCCUGCACAUAUGGAUUGAUAUAUACCUGACUGGUUAAACGCCGAAUGCAGAUCGGAUUAUCCUUAACGCAGGAUAAUGGUUGAGGUCACGCACAGUUGUUCUUUGGACAGGUUUUGCAAUGAUUUCGAGCUUCCCGCUGCAGGUAUUGCAGUCGCCACUUCAUAAUCCUUCUGCUUAUGGGAAGCAUCCGAUCUAUUGUGGCUUGUUUGUCGCUGGCCGCUUUAGCGAGGAAGAUGAGUGCCGCCGCGGCGGCGGGGCAGUGCGUGCCCGGGACAUCAUGCGCGCGUCCUGCUGCUGCGCCCGGGCUUCUCCGCCUGACUUCAGUCCCCGGUUACGAUCAAAACCGCGUAAAUGAUGUUUUACUCCUAGGGCCCACCACAGGAACACAGAGGCGAUGCGACAACGAAAGUGAGAAGCUGCAGAAUGGAAAUACGCACGUUGUCUUCUUUCCUGGAGACAUUCAGAACUUUCAGCAAGAAAUGGCUCUCCAGCCUGACACCGCCCAAUGGCAAUCCUGGAGUCUUGAGCGUGUGGCCCUCACCCUGGGCGACCGUUUCCCUGGAUGCCAUGUCUGGGUCAUCCGUGCUUCCAGUAUGUACCUCCACAAGUUCAGCAGUUAUCAGAACUUUGUAGAGAGCAACUUAUUUGGAGCACCAGAACACACUCCAGACUACGGAGCUAUUCUUCACCUGAGGGCACUUCUGGGUCACAGCAUGGAGAAAGCUGGACUACCAAAUCCUUUACCUCCUCUUAGUGGGACAUCCACCCCUGCUACCCUGCCUCCAGGUUUCACUCUGACCAUAGUGGGUUUCAGUAAAGGAUGUGUUGUUCUUAAUCAAAUAGUGUAUGAACUGGCUGGAGCCCGAGCAGACCCUGAACUUAGGCUGUUUCUGGACAGUGUCUCGGAUAUGUACUGGCUGGACGGAGGGCAUCCUGGUGGAAGUGAGACAUGGGUGACUGAUAGGUGUGCUUUGGGUGAGCUGGCCUCCAGUGGGGUGGCUGUCCACACCCAUGUCACCCCUUAUGAGGUAAGGGACCCAAUGAGGGCCUGGGUUGGGCGUGAGCACCAACACUUCAUAAAGACCCUGGAGGAUCUGGGUGCCUGUAUUAGCCAAAAAUUGCACUUUGAGGAUGAGCCGGCAUCCAUUGAGAACCAUUUCCGGGUUCUUCGGGAGUUUUAAUUGUUCUCAGUCAUUGAUUUCAUUGAAGUCUUAACAUGCAAUGUAUUCUUUGCAGAGCAGGCGGCUUUGUAUUGCACAAAUAUAGAUAUAUCAGUUAAGAGUUCUACUCAAUUCCUUUUAUUAAGAUAAGAUUGAAGUGGAAUGACCAAACUUGUAAAAAGUUUACCUGCCUCACAUAAGCCUUAUUGUUUGGCUGUUGCAUCUAACUACAUAGCUAGAAUCCGUGAAUACUAGGAUAUUUGUUUAAAAAAAUGCAUUGGGAAUGUUGACAUGCUCAGUAAAGCUUUCCAUUACCUCAUCAUAUUAGAAGGGCUUUUUCCCAACUUUGAGUUUAGAAGAAAAGCAAUUACCAGAAACUGCUCAUUGUUAUGAUUUAUUUUAAAAUAUGAUAUUUAAAUUCAAUUUUAUGUUUAAUUAAUGAGCAUGCAUUUUCAAGUAUGCAUCUCUAAUUAUUGUUUAUAUAUUUUUCUAUGUAAAACACUUUCAGUAAAAGGCAUGUGGUCUUAGAUCAGCACUGACCUCAGUUUUUUGUUAGCCCAGCUACAAUUGAAUUAACAAUCACAAACGUGUUCUGCUUUGUUUAAUAUUUGAGGUAUCUUUUUUGUCUGUUUAUCAGAUGUUCUUCAGUUGUAAUGACUUGCAUAUAAAUUAUUUUGGGGGAAAAUACUUCAAAAUAUUCACGAUUAGUGGAAUGUUCAUGAUUGCACCGUGAUUAGCUUCAAUUAUGAUUCUGUGCUUGAAUAUUAGAUGACUGUUCUCUAGAUGGCGCUCUUUAUCUGAAUUGUAAUUAAUCUACCGAACAAAUUAAUGUGGAUUUUACGUUAUAAACCCAGUGCAUUGCUUCAUUGCCAUUCCAUGAGUUUCAUGCUGACGUAAAUAAAUACAAAUGUUGGAACGUGAAAUAGAGAUAUUAUCCUAAUUUGAAUAACGCAAUGUAACAGAACAUGACAGGAAAAUACGUCAUAUAAUGCAAGUGAGAAAACUAAACAGAGGAAAGGGCAUGACUUACUCUUUAAACAAAAACAAAAUUCACACUAUCCACUCUAUCACACUGUCCAAUGUUCAAAUCUUGUUUACAUGUCCUAAGA